AUGUCGCGACCAAUCAAGCACACCUACCGGCACUUUUACGAGGAGAAGGACGGCAUCGUCAAUCAAGGUAACACCCAUUACGCUGCCAACAAGGGUACCACCUCGGCCACCACUCCCACGCACGAAGUGAACGUCCCGAAGUCGUCGGCGUCGACCAUCCCCUCGCAGCAGACCUCAUCGUCAGCCAUGAACCGCCGCUUCCCGCACUUUUCGCCGCUCACCCAGAUGGGAAGGUCCAACUUCUUCGACGAGGACUUUGAUCGUAUGGUCAGCACGCGACCCUACUGGGCCGACACCUCCAUGUUCAGCGGCCAUCGACUCGGCGAGGGUCUCAACGAUGUGAUCGACAAUGAGGUCGAGUUCAAGUUCACCAUUGACGUCUCGCAAUUCGAGCCUGAGGAGCUGAAGGUGAACAUCAUCGACAACGAUUUGGUGAUCGAGGCAAGGCACGACGAGAAGACGGACAAAUUUGGCCAGGUCAUGCGCUCGUUCACGCGCAAAUUCCGGCUGCCGCCGACCGUCAAGCCGGAGGAGGUAAAGAGCGACCUGUCGCGCGAUGGCCACCUCACCGUCCGCUACGAGAAGGAGCGUCUGACCGGCAACGUCAAGAAGAUCCCCAUCCAGAUCCAGAAGCCU